AUGUCAGGUCUGGGCGAAUUGGCAAGUGUCAUCGCCGUACUUCAACUAUCGGGCAAGAUUGUCGACUACGUCGGUAAAGUAAAAGACGCCUCGGAAGACCGCAAGAGACUGCGCGGAGAAGUUCGCGCCUGCAAACGUAUACUGCAGGAACUGAAGGAUGAUGCCGAAGAUAUCGACGAGGGCGAAAGCUUGGUCGACACGAUCAACGUGCUCGAACGACCUGAUGGACCACUACCUCGACUUCAGACUAUUCUACUGCAAGUUGAGACCCGACUGAAACACGACAAUACUCUGAGGGGCUCACUGAAGUGGCCAUUCCAAGAAAAGGAUGUACAGAAGCUCAUCCAGUCGAUCGAACGCGAGAAAAUCCUGAUAAACUUGGCCCUAUCGCGAGAUUCUCGGAAGCUGCUUCGGGAGAUCAAGGAAUGCGCGGAGCAAAACAAUCGAGACCUUGCGAUUCUACUGCAAUCGAUGGACAUGAGUGCGAGUAACAUCGGGAAGGAGUUCUGUAAGCUUAAUGAUCAUAUGUCGCAAAUUCAAACGCUCCAGGUCGGUCUGCACCACGACGUCGAACGUCUUCAAAGUACCGAUCACCACCGGGAAUCUUCCAAGAAACGCGACGCGGUACUCCAAUGGCUAUCUACUUUCGAUCAUGCAUCCAAGCAUCAUGAUAUAUUGAGCAAGCGACAAGAGGGUACCGGCAACUGGUUUCUAGAGUCGAAAGCCUACGACGCUUGGCUCGACAACUCCAGUGCGAGUAAGCUCCUCUGUACUGGCCUGCCUGGGGCUGGCAAGACGAUGCUCGCCUCCAUCAUUAUCGACGAUCUACAAACCCGAUUCCAGACCAACGCCGGCGUAGCAGUCGCCUACUUCUAUUGCGAUUACAGGACUCGCGAUGAGCAAACCUUGGAGUUCAUGCUUUGCAGUCUGUUGAAGGUACUGGCAGAAAGCCAGGAAACUUUGCCGAUACCCAUCGAACAGCUCUAUUCCGACCAUGGGAAGGGCGUCAGACGUCCUUCGUGGAGGACCCUCGCUCAAUGCCUCAAGGACGUGGCUGCACUGUUCCGGAGACUUUACGUUGUGAUCGAUGCACUAGACGAAUGUCAAGUGUCUGAUGGCUGCAGGAGGAUAUUCUUAUCCGAACUGUUGAAUCUACAGGCAAACUCCAGAACAAGUCUGCUAGCGACAUCAAGGACCGUCCCGGAAGUGCUUGCAGAAUUCGGCGCAGAGAAGCCUCUCGAAGUACGUGCUAGUAGCGAUGAUGUUCGCAAAUAUGUGGUCGGCAACCUCAACAACAUGCCACAGUCCGUUCAGCGCAAUGUCGAACUCCAGGAACUAAUCAAGCUGAAAAUCGUCGAAUCAGUGGAUGGCAUGUUCCUUCUAGCGAAGCUCUAUGUACAAAGUCUUUACGACAAGCGAUCAGCAAACGCUGUUCGGAAAGCACUGAACGAGAUUAAGACCGAAGCGAGGGGCCAAAAGACCACAACUGUGACCGAAGCAUAUGACUAUGCGUAUCGCCUGACAAUGCAGCGUAUCGAAGAGCAACCCCCCGAUCGAGCAAAGCUUGGUCGGGAGGUUCUAGCUUGGAUCACAUGCUUGCAUGAGCCUUUCAAAUCUGCGGACCUUCGCAAAGCGCUUGGCAUACAAGUAGGACAAUCUACAUUCGAUGAAGAUGACUGUCCAGACGUUCUGGAUAUGAUUUCCGCUUGCGCUGGCCUAGUGACGAUCGACGAAGAAAGUAACAUCAUCCGUUUGGUACACUACACCACUCAGGAAUAUCUGGAUCGAACACGGCAUCGAUGGUUUCCGGAAGCAGAGACUGUGAUCACAGAAGCUUGCAUCGCAUAUCUUUCCAUGGAGGAAUACGGAACUGCGGGCCUAUAUUCGGACCUGACCGAGAAGCUUGAAUACUUUCAGCUCGUCAUUGCGGACACGGCGACUCAAAAUAUCAUGGACGCGAUGCUGUAUGGACAGCCUCAGAUAGAAAGUCGUGUGUGGACUCGCUACUCACCGCUGUACAUAGCAGUGGAUCGCGGAUAUGUGGAUAUCAUCCGACUUCUUAUCGAUCACGGGGUUGACGUGAACCUGAAGGGCGGGUAUGCUCACAAUAGAUAUCGCCACAAGAGCCCGCUGGCGAUGGCCGUUGACAAACAAGAUCGAGAGAUCAUCGACGUGCUGCUCGAUGCUGGAGCCGACAUCAACUGCGCGAACAACUGGGGCAGGACUGUUUUGCACUCCAGUGCCUUUGAUGAGAACAUUUCUCUGCUCGAGCAUCUUCUUGACAAGGGCGCAGACGUAAACUUCCAGGAUAUUGAAGGCAGAACCCCACUACUUACUAUCUGCAGCAUGUUCACACACGACGCAUCUAUCAGCGUGAUGCUCAACGCGGGAGCCGAUCCUAACAUAUGCGAUAAAGAAGGACAGCCGCUACUUCAUGGGGCUUGCGUCCGGGAAAGAGGCUACAUCGUACCCAUCGCUGUCUUGUUUGGCGCCAGAGCACACAUGGAGACGACCGCAAGCAUCAUAGCAGUCGCCCAGCUAUGCGAAAAGGUUAUCCAUUACAUCAAAACUGUACAUGGGGCCAAACAUGAGAAGCAGCGCCUUCGCUCACAAGUCCGCAAUUGCAGUAACCUGUUACUGCAGUUGCAAGACGACGUGGAAGAUUCUGACGAGGUGGAGGAGUGGUCUAAGACUCUGAGGGUACUCUCUACUCCGCUUGCGCGCCUCCAGGAGGCUUUGAGUCUGGCAGCUGUCGCGUUGAACGCCCGAGAUGGCAUUGCCGAGAAAUUGGGAUGGCCGUUCAAAGAGAAGGAUGUGGAGAAGAUGAUUGAGGCGAUCAAGUCUGAGAUGGAUAUGGUGACCUUCGCUCUUCAAAAUAACUCGGCAUCAUUACUCAUUGCGAUCAACGCGGGUUCCAAGCGCAACGAACAGCAUCUCAUCGACGUGAAAAACAUCCUAGAAUCAAGCAUCGAGGAAACCCAUGCUGCACUGCGAGGCUUGGAUAGCGAGCUGCAAACGAUACAAAUGGCGCAGGAGGGAGUUCUGGAAAGAGUCGAGAAUCUACAAAAGCGACACGACACUGAUGAGACUUUGCGAAAGCGUCAGUAUAUCCUCGAUUGGCUCACGCCCAUUGAUCAUUCGGCGCAGCAGAAGGCUGCCAUAAAUACACGCCAAGCUGGUACUGGCGGGUGGCUCUUGCACUCGCAAGCAUACCAAACCUGGAUCGACGAACCUGGUCGUACCUUAUUCUGCCCAGGUAUACCUGGGGCAGGCAAAACGGUAUUCGCUGCGAUCAUCAACGAUGAUCUCUGGGAAAAGUACGACCAGAACGAUGAAGUCGGGCUAGCGUAUCUAUUCUGCAGCUACAAGUCUCAAAGGGAGCAAACAUUGGAUAACCUGCUAGCGAUUUUGCUGAAGCAGCUUGCCGAUCAGAGAACGCCAUUACCAGAAACCGUCAAGAAUCUGUAUGACUCUGCAGAGAGUGCGAAGAAAGGCGCCACCAGAUUCGACAGAGCGUCUGCCAUUAUGGGCGUCCUGGGCUCGGUGGUCGCACUCUUCUCGAAGGUCUUCAUCGUCCUGGACGCUCUGGACGAAUGUUCUACGAUAAAUCAUUGCCGUGCAAAGCUGCUAUCAGCCAUCGACGGUUUACGGGUAAAGAAACAGCUCAACGUCAAUCUACUCGCAACUUCGCGAUUCAUGCCAGACGUUAUGGAAAGAUUCAAAGGAGUUGAGACUUUGAACAUACAAGCCAAUGAAAUCGACGUACGAACGUAUCUUUCGGAGAACAUCAUUCGCCUACCAAACUUUGUGCGAAAGAACGGCGAGUUGCAACAAGAGCUCAUUACUAAGGUUGUAGAUGCAGUCUCUGGGAUGUUUCUCUUAGCCAAGCUCCAUCUUGACUCUCUUGCUGGGAAGAAGUCAGUAAAAGUCCUUCGGAAUGCUCUGAACCAACUUGCCACUGGAUCUGACGCUUACGAUCGUGCGUACGAAGCUGCAAUGGAAAGAAUUGAGGGUCAGGUCGCUGAUCAGGCCGAUCUAGCUAAACAGACUCUGGCGUUUCUUUCAUGUGCACGUAGCCGUCUCGGGACUGACGAGCUACAAGAGGCGCUUGGUGUGGAGGUUGGUGAGCCUGAGUUGGAUUCCGACAAUUUUCCAGACAUCGAAGACGCUGUUGCCGCAUGCCUCGGGCUUGUCAUCGUGGAUAGUGGGACCGGUUUCCUCCGAUUAGUUCAUUAUACGACGCAGGAGUACCUUGCACGGACGCAACAUCGGUGGUUUCCAAGGGCACAUGACAUGAUCACCGAUGUCUGCGCUACAUACCUCUCAUUCGACGUAUUCAGCCAACCAAACGAAUGGUAUCUCGAUAACGAUGCAGAUGUUCUUGUACGGACGAAACAUCUCUACUGGUACGCUGCCAGGCACUGGGGUCAUCAUGCGAGUCUAGCCCCUGAAGCCUGUGAACAGGUGUCACGGUUUCUCAGCCUACCGUUGAACAUAUUGGCGUUGCACAAGUUGCAUUGGUCAUGCGAAGAUCGUAAGAAUCCGUAUCGUGAUACUAGGGGGCACAAAAUUCCACUGGGAACCCAAGGCAUCCACGUCGCAGCUCAGUACGGUCUAGUCAUCCCUUUGACUGCGCUUCUCGAUGAACAUGGGAACCCUGACAUCGUCGAUCUUUAUCCCAAGAUGAGCAUCCGUGACGAUAGUCCUACGGACAGGGUGACACCACUUUUAGUCGCUGCAAGGCAUCGCCAAAAGAAUAUCAUGGAAAUACUCUUGAGACGGAAUGCUGAUGUCAACUAUGUGAGCGAAGGUGGGAACAGCGUACUUCUGUAUGCAAGCCACUAUGGCGAUACUGAGAUUAUUCGAUUUUUGAUCAAAAAUGGAGCCAAUUGGGGACCACAAGGCGCAUGUGUCGAGGAGGUUAUUUUUGUUUGUGAUCAUACCGAAUGGUUUACUGCACGUUACGGCGACAUCCGCGAGCUGAGGCAUAUAAACGAAUCACCACUGCUUGUGGCUGCUUUCAAGGGCCACAAAGCUGUUGUCGAGCUUUUCAUAUCCGGGGAGGCGAAUUACAGGAUCACCCCCGGUGAUGCUGGCGCAUCCCUGGUCGCCGCCGCCUGGUUUGGUCACCUGUCUAUCGUUGAGAUCAUACUCGAAGCAGACGCCAGAACGAGGACCAUGAAAUUGCACCACUAUGGCGACUACUCGGUCGAUGAACCUCUGCGUGUACCGACACCUGAUACCCUUGCCAGCUCUUCAUUAGGUCUUCGAUUAAGGGAAUCCGACAAGAACGAUGCGCUCAUGUUCGCUGCAACCAGAGGCAGGGAUGAUAUUGCUCGACUGAUACUAGACAAUAUCUCUCAAACCAAACUCGACGAUAACGAUGGGUCUAAAGUCUUCACUAAAGUCUCCCACCUCAAGAUUCCACCUUUCAGACUGACAGUCCGCGGCUUUGGCGAGAAUAUGGACUCUAUGGAUGAGCAUGGACACACCGUCAUAUCCAGAGCAGCUGUCGAGGGUUGGGUUCCCCUCAUAGAGUUAUUGAUUCUCUACGGAGCAGACGUAACUUGCCCCACGCCUCCCCGUCGCAACCCUUUGACCGAAGCCGUGAAACGAUGGACUAGUCUGAGCCAGCGCGACCGUCACUAUCGAGACAUAGCAACGAAGCUUUCAGACCCCCCUAGCGAAUCACCAAGUCUCGAUAAUCUUCCGUCGAUCGGAGAUACAGCUAAGCCAUACGCGACGAUUGCAGAAUGCCUCCUCUCCGCCGGGGCAUGUUUGACGCCCGUGGACUCGGCAGAACAAGUGAAAGCCACAAUCAAGACCACACAUGACACAGACACUUCUGGCCUGAUCACACUAACUGUUUCCGCCGAGAAGCAAGGCGCAACAGACCUCUCCCUCCGCCCAGACGCACUCGUCAACUUCGAACGAGACAACAACGCCUUCACUAUCCUCGACAUAGAGCCCCACUACCAACCAACCGUCGCACAGCACCUCAUCAACUGCGGCGCUGAGCUAGACGCCGUGUCAAAAAAGGGCAACACACCACUACACGUUGCCUGCCAAUGGGGCAACCCCAAACUCGUCGCGCUCUACCUGCGCAACAACGCCAACACCGAAGCCAGAAACAGGCGCGGCCGUACCCCCCUCAUCGAAGCCUGCAGCUCAUCCUGGCUGGACCUAGAAACCAUAAAACUGCUCCUGGAAAAAGGUGUAGAUGUGAACAAUCGAGACGCGCGUGGACAAACAGCUCUUUUCCACAUCGACCCGGAAGUGCAUCAGGGCGUAGAGGUUGCAAAAUUGUUACUCAAAGCUGGAGCCGAUGUCAACCAUCGCGAUAAAGAGGGACGGACACCCUUGUUCUUCGCCGCGCGGAGGCACGCUGUUGACUUUGUGGCUUUGUACCUGCGCCACGGUGCUAACGCCAUUGCUCGGACUAAAGCUGGUCAGACUGCGCUUACGAUUGUGUGCGGCCAGCAGUGUCCACAGAAGGACUAUUUGAGGAUUCGGUAUAAUCAGGUCGUGAGACUUGUGUAUGUGCAUGCGCGUCGCAUGAGUAUUUGA